AUGGAGUAUGGUAGGUUCUUGUUGGAGGGGAUGAAGAGGGAGUGGGUGGAUUACUAUACGAGGAAGAAGCUGGCGGGGGCGCCGGAGGAGGGGGAGCCGCGUUUUGAGGGGCAUUCAUUCGAGGGGACUUUGAGUACACAGUCAUCUUGUACCUUUGCGGAGCGUCUUGAGGCUUCUCGUCCGAACUCGUCUUCGUCAAAGCAGCAUACACGCCAGAUAGAGGUUGUUAACACGAGCCGUCCUUCCCCACUGUCAUCCUCACCACCACUCCCCGCGUCCGAUUCCUUCGCUCUUCCGGAUAGUCUUGACGUUCCUCGUCACCGCUUUGCUCCUCGUUCCCGCUCUCGUCGACCUCCUUUCGAUCGUCACGCGAGUAUGCCCGAUCUUCACCCUGUCUUCACCGCUGAAUUCGACGCGGAUGACGAAGAGGAGGAUGAACGGAGUGACGUGACCGAGCUUGAACUGGACUCCAAUCUGAGACCUGGUGACAUCCUCAUCACUUCAAGCACUUGUGUAGCCGCGCGUCGGGAGGUUACUUGUGUCGUCGUCCAGGCUAAGGGGCUUGUUAAUGCAGCACCAACCACGCCGACGGAUAUACUCUAUGGCGACGAUGUCUCGGAGGCCUCAGAGGACUCCAUGAAGGUUAUUGUGGAGAGGGGGCAGUCCGACGAUUAUGCAAGGAUCCAAGAGGCUGUUGAUGCUGCCGAACGCCGCGAGUUGACUUUUCUCGAUUGUAUGCAGGAAGAUCAGGAAGCUUACACUAUCACGUUCGGGUCUGACGCGUCGAUGGCUGGCGAUAGCUACUCCGCACCUUCCCCAGUCAAACCUUACAACGUUGACGCCGAGCCGGAGAUUGCGGUCGACUGCGAUUCUUCCUUUCAUACUGCGGAGGACACGUCUUCAAUCUGUCCCCAGCCUUCUGAUUGCGCUGUACCCUUCGAGAAAAACGACAUGCCAUUGCCGAGUCCGCACAAUCCUCCUACCACGGAUGAGCCCAGUGAGAAAAGUUCCGGCUUGAGUGUUGUGUUCCCGGAGUAUUCUGCGCUUGAAGCUACUGAGAUGACCGAAGGCGGGAAGAGGCAGAAGGGUGUUGAUAGGGUCGUGAGUUGGUUCCGCACCCCAGGCCAAGUCAUGCAAUGUGGGAUGGUAGAGGAGCCAGUGGCAAGUCCAGAAGUUGAAACAGGAAACGAAGUGGAAGCGCCUCGCUCCUCUGAUGAUCCGAGUUCGCAGCCACCCCGUCUUCCGAGUCACUUCCGGGAGAAGGCCAUGCAGCUGAAACCCCUCGAGCUCGUUCGAUUGACGCAGCAGAGGACGUUCGAUGAUCUUUUCAGGAAUGAAGUAAACAAAACAGGUGUUGACCGUCGAAAGUCCCUCUCCCCACUUACGUCUCGUGUUCGCCAUGGCCUUGUCACCCCUAUCACUCCCGUUUCGUCUACAAUUCUCGAUGAACAGCAUGGAAAGGUUAGGGAGGAGGUGGUGUCGCCUACGGGUUCUGAUGAGACGAUGGAGUCGUUUGGCGAGGAGAGGAGGAGGGAGAUGCUUGAGAGGGCGUUUCUGUGA